GGCCCCAUCUGUCAGGGCAGCGGUUUCGCUCCGGGCUCGGAUAGGGUUCAUCUCCUCCUCGGCGCCCGCAAAACCCUUGUUCACUUCUCAGGGGAGCCGACAGUAGCAACGACGAAGAGUGGGGUCGCGAUGAUGGCUUCCAGGCUCCGGCUCCACCUUAGACUGGUUGGGAUUCGGCCAAGCUGCUGUCCUCCUUCCCGUGCAUUUACAGCUGUCAGAGCUCAAAAGAUUCAGCUCCCCAAGAAAAAAAGGCGACUGGAUGAAGUGUGCUUGGAAAGGUUUCAACAAUAUAGUAGAACAUACAUCCAGUCAUGGAUUCUUCAAGGUAAAGUCAUUGUGGAUGGAAGAGUUGUGAAUAAAGCUGGAACACAAGUAUCUGACAAGUCAGUCAUUGAAAUUAAGGCUGAAAUCCCGAAAUAUGUAUGUAGAGCAGGACAUAAGCUUGAGGCAGCUAUCAAAGAAUUUGGUAUUGAUUGUGAUGGAAAGAUAGCCCUUGAUUCGGGAUUAUCCACAGGCGGCUUUACUGACUGUUUACUUCAGCAUGGAGCAUCACAUGUUUACGGUGUAGAUGUUGGCUAUGGACAGGUGGCUGAAAAAAUUCGUACACAUGAACGUGUCUCAGUGAUCGAACGUACAAAUUUGAGAUAUCUUUCUCAAUUGCCACAACCAGUUGACUUGGUGACACUGGACCUGUCAUUUAUCUCAAUUCUCUUGGUUAUGCCUGCUGUUAUCAAAGUAAUGAAGACGGACUCUACGUUGAUAACACUUAUCAAGCCUCAGUUUGAAGCUCGUAGAUCACAGGUAGGAGGUGGUGGGAUUGUUCGAGAUCCUCUGGUUCAUAAAGAGGUACUGGAUAGAAUAAUUUCAGGCGUGGAAGAUUUUGGAUUCUGCAAUAAAGGCUGGAUCGAAUCUCCCAUAAAGGGCGCAGAAGGGAACAAGGAGUUUCUUGCUUGCUUCCACAGGAUCCCAAUAUCAGAAUUGCAACCAGAAGUAGAGACAAAGGCAGAGGCCGAAGCUACAUGAUAGGGAAUGCAGCUUGAAACCUGUAACCAAGGAUGAUAUGUCAUCAACCGGAACACAGCGUUAAGCAUCUGGAAGCUCUACAUGAAGUCAUGCUGGAAAGUUUUGUUGAUUGUGUUCGAAAGUAGGCCAAGUACGGUCAGUGAGAUACUUAUUAGAGAGACAAACUUUUGAAGCACUUAUUUCUGAAGUUUCAGGGGUCCACUUGCUGUUUCUCGGGAGAGUAAGAACAAACAUGCAGAGAAUGGUCAGCCCUUUGUUCAUUGUAGAGCAUGUCAUCUGAUUGUGACAUACAUUAUAUACAUUGGCCGCCCAGUAUCCUAGAAUCCUACCAAACACUGACUCAGGCAGUUUUCGUGUAUAAUUUGUUCAGGGGUCUGCAUAAGGUAUGCUCUUUCUCCAGCAAAUUUGCACUAGUUGCAUUCUGUGC